CGAAGAUCUCAAAAACAUUAAAAAGAUAGCUGAAAGAGAUGAUGCAUUUGACCUUCUAAGUAAUUCGCUUGCACCUUCUAUAUAUGGGCAUUCUUGGAUAAAAAAAGCAGUGAUUUUGUUGAUGCUUAGUGGAGUUGAGAAGAACUUAAAGAAUGGCACUCACUUGCGAGGUGACAUUAACAUGAUGAUGGUUGGUGACCCCUCCGUUGCCAAGUCUCAACUCUUGAGAGCAAUUAUGAACAUUGCUCCCUUGGCCAUAUCAACUACAGGCAGGGGUUCUUCUGGGGUUGGUUUGACAGCCGCUGUUACUUCAGAUCAAGAAACAGGGGAAAGAAGGCUAGAAGCUGGGGCAAUGGUUCUUGCCGACAGAGGUGUUGUCUGCAUUGAUGAAUUUGACAAGAUGAAUGAUGAAGAUCGUGUUGCUAUACAUGAAGUUAUGGAGCAGCAGACUGUGACUAUUGCUAAAGCUGGUAUCCAUGCAUCACUAAAUGCCCGAUGCAGUGUGGUUGCCGCUGCAAAUCCCAUAUAUGGAACUUAUGAUCGUUCAUUGACUCCAACUAAAAAUAUUGGACUUCCAGACUCCUUGCUUUCUCGAUUUGAUCUACUGUUUAUUGUGUUAGAUCAAAUGGAUCCUGACAUUGAUCGUCGAAUUUCUGAGCAUGUACUUCGUAUGCAUAGAUUUCGUUCUGCUGUUGAUGGAGGCGAGGCAACACUUAAUGGGAGCUCAGGAUAUGGAAGAGAAGAUGAAGCUGAUACGGACUCGUCGAUCUUUGUCAAAUAUAACAGAAUGUUACAUGGGAAGAAAACUGAAAGAGGUCGCAAACGUGAUACUCUUACAAUUAAGUUUCUUAAGAAAUAUAUCCACUACGCUAAGCAUAGGAUUCAACCUGAACUGACUGAUGAGGCGUCUGAGAACAUUGUCACAGCCUAUGCUGAGCUCAGAAAUGCAAGCUCAAAUGCAAAGACAGGAGGAACACUUCCCAUAACUGCCAGAACCUUAGAAACCGUCAUACGUCUCUCAACAGCUCAUGCCAAACUAAAAUUGAGCAGAAAGGUUUCAAAGUCUGAUGUUGAAGCUGCUUUAAAGGUUUUAAAUUUUGCAAUAUAUCACAAAGAACUUACAGAAAUGGAGGAGCGAGAGCAAGAGAGGGAGAAAGAGCAAGACAGGAAGCGCAAGGCUGAUCAUAAUGAAAAUGAUGGUCCUGAUCGUGGUUCUAAAGAUAGAAGAUCAACAUUAGGAACAGAUGCCAUUGAAGUAGAUGAUACCCCAGCAGCUGAAGCUAAUGUUGGACUCACCCCUGCAAGAAUUGAAGCAUUUAAUUCUCUAUUUGGUCAGCAUAUGCGAGCCAACCGCCUGGAUCUCAUAGCUAUUGCAGACUUAGAGAAUGUUAUCAACAGAGGGGCAGAUUCACCUUACACCGCUGCAGAUAUACUAUUCCUAUUAGAGAGGUUGCAAGAUGACAAUAGAGUGAUGAUAGUUGAUGGAAUGGUGCAUAUGAUAUCAUAAAAUCUAAGAUUGUGGCACAAUCUCAACGAAGAUUCAAAAAGGGCGCAGAAUUUGCCGCUCGGGCAGGAUGGAUUUCACAACGGAGGGAGAGGCUUGAGAAGGAUUUGGAAAUUCCAGAGUUCAUACCUUGCUAUCUGGAGUUCUUCGCUAACACAUCGACAAGGAAAUAGCUUAUGCGAUUGCAACUGCAUGUUAUUCUUCACAGAACAUUUAAAUUAAGAUAAACUUUGUUAUCCCCUAUUGAAAAAAUUUUGCGUUUUGUUCAUAUAAUUUGAUAGUGGCCUUAUCUUUAUGUAUUGCUACUCUGCUAACUGCAAAGUAUUCGUGUAAAACAAGAAUUUAGAAAUGACUGGUUUCCAUAGUUUUAAGUUC